GUAAUUUGGAUAAUGUAACAGUACUAAUAGGAAUAGCAGUUGACGGUAAAGCUAUUGGAGGAGUGAUUCAUCAACCAUUUUUUGAGAAUAGCAAAGGUCGCACAAUUUGGGGUUUGAGAGGAAUAGGCUUCAGUGGCAUUACUUUAAGCAAUCGUCUACAGAACAGAUUAGUAAUUACCACUUCACGGUCUCACACUGACUCUAAUGUGGUAGCAGCAAUAAACGAAUUACAACCAGAUGAAGUCUUACAUGUCGGAGGUGCAGGUUUUAAGGUCAUACAGUUACUUGAUGGAAGCGCAAAUGCGUAUGUAUUUGCUAGUCCAGGGUGUAAGAAAUGGGAUACCUGCGCACCUGAAGCUAUAUUAGAAAUAGCAGGAGGAAUGCUGACUGAUGUUUUCGGGAACAAAUAUGUUUAUGACAAAGAUGUUCAAUAUCCUAACUCUAAGGGUGUAAUUGCUACAGCACCUUGUUUGAACCACACCGAUCUUAUCAAUAAAAUGUCCCAGGAAAUAAAAUCUAAAUUAAUGAAUUAG